AUGUGCCCCCAGCGCUACGCGGGCGUGCUGGCUGCUGUGAACAUUGAGUACAGGUGGGCUGAGGCGCUGCUAGGCAAGGCGUACGCCGACAAGAUCCUUCAGAUCCAGGAGGGCGACCAAGCUAGCAGCAGCAGCAGAUCGCGCAGCCGCAACGGCAAGGGGCAGGUCCGCACUGAGGCCAUCGCAGCCCUGCUGGCGCUCGUUAACCCACACCCUACCCCCAAGGAUAGGGAGGCCUUCCGCAAACGCCUGACAGUAGCCACGCGCUGGUACAGGGUCGCUGAGGGAUUAGGCUGGGGCACGCUCAUGCUCAUGCCGUACGACAAGAUUGCAAGCUCCUGGAUCGAGUCCACAGUCCGCGCCUGGGGCCUAGAUGCCUGGAUUGAGCUGGUGAAGAAGAUUCGCCCAGACGUCUGCGCUGCGAGCAAGGCGCUUAAGAACUGGCUAGGGCUAGAAGGCAUUGCUGGGUGUCCUAUCGGCGAAAAAGAGAUGCUAGGCAUUAAGGCAGACGCGCCGACAGCGAGCUGUGCAAUUAAGGAGAUUCUUGACAGCGAAGAUGACGACAACAGCGUUGUUGAGCUGUCACAGGCACACGCAAGCCCAGUGAGCUCUAUCGCAGAUACGCCGCUGCGCCAGAUGACGCUGCUAGAGUUGUUCUACCCUGUAGACGAAGUAUAA